AUGAUCGACUACCAGUUCCUGACGGGGGACACGUCGUACAGCGACACCAUCAUGCAGGCGCUGCAGCACCAGGUCGGCGACAGCAACGACUUCAUGCCGGGCAACCAGACGCGGACGGAGGGCAACGACGACCAGGGGUUCUGGGCCAUGGCCGCCAUGAGCGCCGCCGAGAACAAGUUCCCGGACCCGCCGGCGGACAAGCCGCAGUGGCUGGCGCUGGCCCAGGCCGUCGUGCACGAGUACAUGAUCCGGUGGGACACGGAGAAGUGCAACGGGGGGCUCCGGUGGCAGAUCUUCCCCUUCAACCAGGGGUUCAACUACAAGAACUCGAUCAGCAACGGGUGCUUCUUCAACCUGGCGGCGCGGCUGGCGCGCUUCACGGGCAACCAGACGUACGCCGAGUGGGCCGAGAAGGUGUGGGACUGGGAGGCGAGCGUCGGGCUCAUCGACGGCGAGUUCCGCGUCUUUGACGGCGCCGGCGUGGACAACGACCUCAACUGCACCAAGCACGACACGAUACAGUGGAGCUACAACGCGGGCAUCUUCCUGCACGGCGCGGCCGUCAUGUACAACCUGACGGGCGGGGACCCCCGGUGGAGGGCCCGCGUCGACGGCGUGUGGAACGAGACCCGGUCCGUCUUCUUCACGGGCGGCGCCGACAAGACGAUCCUGGUCGAGCGCGCGUGCGAGGCCGCCAACCUGUGCAACGUCGACCAGCAGAGCUUCAAGGGCUACCUGACGCGCUGGAUGGCGGGCACGACGCAGAUGGCGCCCUACACCUUCGACCAGAUGAUGCCGCUGAUCCGGCGCAACGCCGUGGCCGCCGCGGCCGCCUGCACGGGGUCGACCGCGGCGGGCGGGUUCAAGGGCGCCCCCGGCACGGCCUGCGGCUUCAAGUGGACGCCCGAGGCCGGCGGGUUCGACGGGCUCGUCGGCGUGGGCGCGCAGAUGAACGCGCUCGACGCCAUCAUGUACUCGCUCGUCAGCAAGCAGUCGGCCGCGCCCGUGACGUCGACGACGGGCGGCACCUCCAAGGGCGACGAGAACGCCGGGCAGAAGAUCGCGGCGCCGAUGGAGGAGCUGGCGCCCAUCACGACGGGCGACAAGGUCGCCGCCGCGUUUGCGACGACGGCCAUUGUCUUUAGCGUCAUCGGCGGCAGCGUCUUUGUCAUGUUGUGA